AUGAUCGACUUCAGCAUCAAUCUAGAGCCAGACCCUGCUCUCCUGGCAGCCAUCGACUCGGCUCUCUUCGUACCUACAGAGUACUGUCCAUUUGGCACCAACACCAUCAACCAGACGCUACACGAGCCUGUACGACUGUGCCCCGCCGCUGUGUCCAUCGAGACCAAGACGGACCGGGCCGGGUUGGCGGAUGCCGACGUGAAGCUGGCUGUGUGGAUGGCCGCCUGGCGGUCGAGGAUGAUGCCUCUGGUGGACUGGCAGCUGAAGAUGGGCCCCUCUGCACGGUGUAUUACACAGCUGGGCAUCACGGCCGUCGGCGAGACCUGGAAGCUCUACUUUCUCGUCGACAACGGUAUCACGCUCGGCGCGCCGCGUUUGCGGCUCCUCGAGUAUCCGGAGGCGAUCGGGUGCACCCGGACCGUUCUGGGGGUCUACCAGCUCAUUGCGGUGCUCAGACAUCUCUGUACUUGGGCCGAUCGAUACUUUCGAGAUUGGGUGAUGGAUGCCUUAGGGUGUCAGAAGCAGGUGGCGGCCGAUAAAUGA